CUAUAUAAACCUAUGAAGUCCUUUUAACAAGAAUGAACCUUAUUUUGCUUUUGAUAUUCAAGCUAUAUUUGAGAUGGCUAAGUCUUCUUUCAUGACAAUUAUCGUCAUUGUCUUCUUUAUUUCAGGUAUAGCAAUGACAAAUGCUAGAAACAUAUGGUCAAAAGAAUGUGUCAUCACUCGUGAUGGUCAAUGCCUCCCGACAGCUUGCAAAGAAUGGUGUUUAAAUACAUAUAAGGGUCAUGGAGCAUGCGUUGCUACCGUUGGAAAUCCUCCUACUUAUAAAUGUGUUUGCACAUACUAUUGUUCCACCUAGAAUAAAAAUGUUUAGCUUUAUUUUAAAUGUAAAACUGUAUUACAAUAAAUGGAUAAUCUCGAGAUAAAUACAAUUGCAAAAUUUUAUUUAA